AGUAUUCAGCACGCAGCCGGAGGACGCGCAGCACUGAGGAUAAACUCAAAGUUAUUCUACAACCAUUCUCACUGCAUUCAUCCUUAACAUAUACAUGAGCGCUGUAAAUCUACGCGAGUGAAUAUAAUCGGGGCUGGUGCGGUUUUUAUUUUUAUUUUUUGGUGCGGCGCUCGCGAUUAAUGGAUUAAAAUGUGAAUCUGUGAGUUUACUUUGCAGCAAAGGCUGAUAUCUGACUGACAUCAUUCAGCAGGCAGGUCUAAAACAGGAUUUUAAAGAUGGAGUUCUGGGUUUUACCUGUAAGCAGGGUCAUCUUCACGUUGACGCUAAUGUCAUCCAUGGUUCAGGGGGUAGCGAGCCAGACAGAGAGCGCUUAUUUUCUGCCUGAAUUUGCACUUUCUCCACAAGGAAGCUUUCUGGAAGACACAACAGGAGAGCAGUAUCUCACCUAUCGCUAUGAUGACCAGUCCUCAAGAACUACACGCUCAGAUGAGGACCGGGACACGGGCUGGGAUGCCUGGGGAACGUGGAGUGACUGUUCUCGUACCUGUGGGGGCGGAGCAUCCUAUUCUUUACGCAGGUGUCUUAACGGAGGGAACUGUGAGGGCAGAAACAUCCGCUACAGAACGUGCAGCAACACAGACUGUCCUCCAGAGUUAGGUGACUUCAGGGCUCAGCAAUGCUCCGCCCAUAAUGACAUUAAGUACCAGGGACAAACCUAUGAGUGGAUACCGGUGACAUACGACCCUAUUUCACCCUGUGCCCUCAGAUGCCAGGCUCGGGGGAAAAGCCUGGUGGUGGAACUGGCACCCAAAGUGUUGGACGGCACCCGGUGUAAAGCAGAUUCACUAGAUAUGUGCAUCAGCGGCAUCUGUCAGGAAGUUGGCUGCGACAGACAACUGGGCAGCAACGCCAAAGAGGACAACUGCGGCGUCUGUGCUGGAAACGGCUCCACCUGCCGACUGGUCCGAGGCCAGGCUCUGCCCCACGUCUCACCUGACGAACCCAUGAAGAUGGUGACGGAAGUGCCAAUGGGUAGCAGAGGUCUCAGAAUCACAGCCAAGGGACCAGAUGUGAUUGUUAUCGAAGCCCAUGCACCUAACAGCAAGAGAGAGGAGGUCGUGUUCAGCUCUUCUGGUUCUCACACUCUGGGUAACAACACUGUGGAGUACCAGAGAGGAGCAGAUAGACAAACCCUCCGCUGCUUUGGACCGCUUUCUGCAGAUUUCACCAUUAAGGUGAAGUAUGCUGGCACUAAAGACACAGUUAUGCAGUUCAUGUUCUACCAGCCCAUUCGCUACCAGUGGAGGGAGACUGACUUCUUUCCCUGCUCUGUAACCUGUGGAGGAGGUUAUCAGCUCAAUUCAGCUGAUUGCAUGGACAUUCGUUACAACAAAGUGGUUGCGGAGCAUCUAUGCCACAGCUACCCAGAGAACACCAAACCUAAGCCCAAACUGAAGGAGUGCAACAUGGAUCCCUGCCUUGAAAGUGAUGGCUUCAAGGAAGUGAUGCCCUACGACCAUUUCCAACCUCUUCCACGGUGGGAGCAGAACCCGUGGACAUCAUGUUCAGUGUCAUGCGGAGGAGGUACUCAGGAGAGAAGUGUCGUAUGUGUAGAGGAGGACGUCCACAGUCAGAAUAUGCAGGUGGAGGAAUGGAAGUGUACACACUCCCCUCGACCAAUCAGCAAACAGAGCUGCAACAAGUUUGAGUGUCCACAGUGGAUGGCCAUGGAGUGGUCACAGUGUACAGUUACCUGUGGCCCAGGUUUGCGUUACAGAGUUGUGCUGUGUGUGGAUCACAGGGGACAACAUACCGGUGGUUGCGACCCUCACCUCAAACCCCAUAUCAAGGAAGACUGCCUGGUACCCAUCGCCUGCCACAAACCACGAGAGAAACAACCUGUCGAAGCCAAACUGCCUUGGUUGAAACAGGCUCAAGAGUUGGAAGAAACCAAAGUGGCCUUGGAAGACCCAACGUUCAUUCCAGGUCCGUGGUCGGCCUGCAGUGUAUCCUGUGGUCUGGGUAUUCAAAGGCGUCAGGUGAAAUGUAAAGUGCUGCUAUCUUUUACUCAAACUGAAGUCGAACUACCUGAUGAAGAAUGUGAAGAGGAGAAGCCUCCCUUGCAAAGGGCCUGUGAUUUGGGCCCCUGUUCUCCAGACUCACCAUGGUGGCCACUGGGGACCCAAGAGAUCCCUGAGCAGCACGGCUAUGUUUGGGAAUUUAUGGGCCUCUCUCCUUGCUCUGCAUCCUGUGCUAUUGGCAAGCAGAUGGCCGUUGUCAGGUGUGUGAGCACUUCGAAAAAGGAAAUUGUUGAUGACACGCUAUGCAAUGGCUCCAAAGCAUCCCUCUCCUUGCUACGCAUCUGUAACCCUCAGCCAUGUCCUGCAAGGUGGGAAGUGAGCAUGUGGAACCCAUGUUCUGUGUCAUGCGGUGUGGGAAUACAGACUCGCAGUGUUUCCUGUGUGAGGGCUGUCAAAGGAAACCACACUGAACCAGCAUCCAGCAAAAACUGUGUGGACACCAAACCUCCAGAAUUGCAGGCCUGCAACCAGGUGAAGUGUCCCCCAUCCUGGGAGGCUGAGGAAUGGCAGCAGUGCUCUCAUUCAUGCGGCAGAGGUACUCAGUGGCGUAAAGUUUACUGUAAACAGAGACUAGCUACUGGAAGCUACCGCAAGUUGAGAGACGAGGAGUGUGCUGGAAUCAAACCCGCAGCCCACAGGACAUGCACCAACUCUGACUGCCUGCUGCCUCGUCUGGAAGGGGGAGAGUGGUCCAAGUGCUCUGUGACGUGUGGUAAAGGUGUUCAGCGGAGGGAACCUGUGUGUAGGAGACAGACAGUGUCCGGUCAGCUGGUCACUCUGGACCGCUCUGCCUGCAGUGACCUUCCUCUCCCUCCCCUCAUCAGGAGUUGCCGUAUGCCCCCCUGCAACAAGCACAAAUCCUCCAAAAAAUGUUGCCCUCAAGUCAUAGGCCUAAAACGCAUCUACAUCCAGACCAGACAAGAAAAACGCCUUAGUUUUACCAUUGGAGGACGAGCUUACCUUCUUCCCAAAACGUCAAUCAUUAUCAAGUGUCCUGUUCGUCAUUUCCCGAAAGCUCAGAUCCACUGGGAGAAGGAUGGUAGUGAUCUGAAAAGUUCAAAACGUCUGAGCAUCACCAAGUCUGGGGCUUUGAGGAUCUACAAAUUGAAAGCUGUAGACAUCGGACUGUACCGUUGCUGGGCGAACCAAGAUUCAGACACCUUUAUCCUCAAGCUAAUUGGCUACAAUAAUAGACUCUUAGAACAUCCUAAAGGGCAGGGAUUGGAGAAAGAGAAAAGUGCUUACUUCCAUCCUUACCUAAACAAAGAGGGAGGUUGUGUUGAUGUGAAGUGCCCUGAACAGAAGCGGUUUUCACCUGGAAAGAAGGUUCCAAAUUCUGGCCCAAGCUGGGUGCAGAAUGAGUUUUAUCGAGAUGAUGAUGGCCAGCCCAAACAACUCUGGGACACUCUUGCUUUGGGGAACUAUCCUUUGGCUUCAGGGGCCAAGGGCCGCAGAGGGGCCUAUGUCCUUGAUCCAGCACAGUUUGAGGAGGUUGUGAGGAACAUCAGUCAGCUGGCAGAAAGUGGGGAUGUGACAGAUGAAAUGGCCUCACAACUAAUUAGCAAAUUAAUGGAGGAUUUGGCUGCCGCAGAGGAAGGGGCCCCUACUGAGGAAAGCACUACGUUGGACAAUCAUUUAGAUAGGACGCCAAACUCUUCCCAGCUUUCUGGGGGAAAAGCGUUGAAAAAAGGCAGUCGAGCUGUAAUCAUUCGUCAAAAGCAUUACGGAUCUACAAUGAGUUUCCAGAGAGAUCUCAGGAUCAAUGUGGGGAGGACAGUCUACCUAACCAAUGCUACCCACAGCCUCACCCUCAUUUGUGCCACUCAGGGAGUACCUCCUCCAACACUUUCCUGGAGCAAAGAUGGAGUUCCACUACAGAAUACUGAAAGGUUAUCGUGGGACAGCAGUGGAGAAGUUCACAUCUCUCGGCCUGGCGCUAGAGACAUGGGCAUCUACAAGUGCACAGCCACCAAUGAGUUGGGGUCUGAUUCAGAGACAACACAAGUUCUAUUUGCUGAACCUCCUACAAUUGCUGUUUCACAGGGCAACACGUCAGAUCUGAACAGUACCAGUCUGAAUGUGGUGGUUGGAGGUGUUGUCAGUGCCCGUUUAGGUGCAAACAUAACCCUGCAAUGCCCUGUCAAAGGUGUCCCUCAGCCAACAGUGAGCUGGCACCACAAGGAGGGCCCGUUGAGUGCCAAUGCUCAUUCCCUCCUGGACGGGUCUUUGCUGCUCAGAAACCUUAUGCCGCAGGACUACGGCACCUACUUCUGCGUGGCUGCCAACAAUAUUGGAAAAUCGGUGGCCUCCAGCCUGCUACAUGUGUCAGGAGGAACUGUGGGUGAAUCUGAAUGGAAGCUUUCAAAAGAGAUGAACAGGAGGAGAGUUCUGAUGGCCUCUCUGAUUGGCACCAUCAUCACAGUCAAACCUGGAGAAAUCUUAAGAAUAGGUUGUCCAGUGGUCCCCAGCCACAGGAAGCCCAUCACGUGGUCUUAUCAGAACCAGACUCUGAAGCAGAGGCCUGGGGUGAGGUACCGCAUGCUCGUGGGGGGGCGUGUUCUGGAGAUGAAUACGCACGGAGGCAAAUUUGAUGGCCGCUAUGAGUGCCAGACACAGACCAACAACCAGCAGCUCAUGGCUUGGGUUUAUGUGCUCUCACAUGAGUUUGAGUGGCGUUUGGGCGAGUGGAGCACAUGCAGUGCUUCCUGUGGCAACAGAGGGAUUCAGAUGAGGAAGGUGCGAUGUCUGAUGUCAGAUGGCCAGGAGACGCCCCCUUUAGUCUGCCAUCAUCUUCCCAAACCGAUCAGCCAACCACGGGCUUGCAACCUCGUGGAUUGCCCUCCCAGCUGGGUGUGGUCAAAGUGCUCCAGUUCCUGUGGGCAGGGCUUCAGAGAGAGGAGGGUCUCUUGUCAGCAGGUAGAGGCAGCUGGGAGUGUGAAGGUUCUGCCCACCUCAGCCUGUGAAGGGACCCCUCGACCCGAAGACAGGGAAGAGUGCACCUCACAAGCCUGUGUGGAGUGGCUCACUGGCUCCUGGGGGAAGUGCACGGGUCGUUGCCUGGGGCCAGCAGUGGCCACACAGAGCCGGACAGUGUCAUGCCGACUUUUCAGCAACUCCACAUCCAAAACAUGUGACCCAAAAGAAAGGCCACUGUCUGUGAGGAACUGUUCGUCCGAGAUGUGUGACGUACACUGGAAGGUGUUGCCAUGGAGAACAUGUACAGUGGCAUGCGGCAGCGGCUUCCAGUCCCGCAGAGUAGAAUGUGUCCAUCGGCAGAACAAAAAAACUCUCCCCGACCAGCAGUGCGCCUGGCAACGGCGGCCUGUUACCUGGCAACACUGCAACAUCACUUCCUGUGGCAGUGAGUGUAAGGACAGAACUCAUUACUGUUCUGUGGUGAGACGUCUCAAGCUUUGCCUAGUGGACCUGUAUCGGCAACGCUGCUGCCAGACCUGCGCACAGGACACUAGCACCACCUAGUGAACAGCAGAGGUACUGCUUAAAUCUCUAGCACAGGCCCAGACAGAUGCCCUUUUCAGUUACCGCACUGAUUGUCUUGUGUAAUACAAAAUAUUGUUGUUUAAACUGUGCAAACCCUUGGACACUUGGAGUGCAUUGGACUAAAAGAUGUGGUUACAGUUGGCAAAUGAGUGUAUUCUGGACUAAACUUCAUUGGAUGCUCUUAUCAGAUGUCUAAAUAAGACUUGAGACUUUUUUCUUCUCUUUUUUUCUCAGCCCCAAAAGUGAUAUUCUAUGUGUAUUAAUUCAAGAGAUUACUAAGAGAUUAUUAUUUUAUUUUAUUUUUAUUUUCUUUGCUGUGGAUAUUAGACAAAUUCUGUUGGACCAUUCACUUUUGUGAAGGAAGGUUAAAAUGAAUGCAUCUCUGGUUCUAUUCGUUUUUGUUUUUUUUUUAGGAAUAAUGUGCACCAAUUAAUUGUGCAAUAAGAUCAGGAACGUAAAUUUACAAAGUAAAGGGGUCAAUUUUGAGGUCAUGUUAACUUUAUAUUACACAAUGAUGUUGUACUAUGUAUGUAGAAUGUAAGACUACGGUGGGCGUGAAGUGCAAAACAAAAAAGCAAAUCUAAAAACAC